GGAGCGAAGCCCGCAGGAGGAGGAGGAGGAUGAAGCUGAGGAGGCUGCUGCUGCGCUACUACCCGCCCGGAAUUAUUCUGGAAUAUGUACAAGGUGGUGAGCCAAAGACCAGAUGUAUAGAUCUACUUGAUCUUAGUCCUAACACAGAUGCCAUAGCCUUAGUAGAAGAAAUUGGAAAAGAAGAACCUCUCAUCACAGCUUCAUGCAAGGACCACGUCAUACGUUUAGUACGAAGAUUGCAAGAGAAGUUAGAAGAAAAAGAGGAUCACAAAUUCUAUCUUUUUAAGGUACUUAGAGCACAUAUACUGCCACUGACUAAUGUAGCGUUUAACAAAUCUGGUUCCCGCUUUAUCACUGGAAGCUAUGACAGAACCUGCAAAGUAUGGGAUACUGCAUCAGGAGAAGAGCUGCGUACGCUGGAGGGACACGGAAACGUUGUCUAUGCAAUAGCUUUCAAUAAUCCCUAUGGUGACAAGAUUGCCACUGGAUCUUUUGAUAAAACCUGCAAAUUGUGGAGUACAGAAACAGGACAAUGUUAUCAUACUUUCAGAGGGCAUAGUGCAGAAAUCGUAUGUUUAUCAUUUAAUCUUCAGAGCACAUUGGUGGCAACAGGAAGCAUGGAUACCACUGCCAAAUUAUGGGAUAUAGAGAAAGGAGAAGAAGUAGUCACUUUAAGUGGGCACUCAGCAGAAAUUAUUUCGUUGUCUUUCAAUACCACUGGAGAUAGGAUUAUCACCGGCUCCUUUGACCAUACAGUAGCAGUGUGGGAUGUUGGCACUGGCAGGAUGUUACAUAUUUUAAUAGGUCACCGAGGAGAGAUUAGCAGUGCACAGUUCAACUGGGACUGUUCUCUCAUUGUCACUGGAUCAAUGGACAAAACAUGCAUGCUGUGGAAUGCUAUGACUGGGGCACAUAUAGCAACUUUAACAGGUCACAGUGAUGAAAUAUUGGAUGUCUGCUUUGAUUAUGCUGGUCAGCGUAUUGCAGCUGCCUCUGCUGAUGGAUCAGCAAGAGUCUAUAAUGCAGAAACAAGAGAGUGCAUUGCAAAGCUAGAAGGGCAUGGAGGUGAAAUUUCAAAGGUAUGUUUCAACCCUAAAGGCAAUCGUAUACUGACGGCCAGCUCUGAUAAAACAGCCCGACUCUGGGAUGCAGCUACUGGACACUGCCUUCAGGUAUUAGAGGGUCAUACUGAUGAGAUAUUCUCCUGCGCUUUCAAUUACAAAGGCGAUAUAAUCAUUACAGGGAGCAAGGACAACACCUGUAGAAUAUGGCACUGACUGAAGAGAAGGAAAGAUCCAGUUUGGUAUAUGCCUACUUUGUGAGUUUCACAGUCAAUAAACUCAGUCUUUCAGAUCUGUUUUAUUUUACCCUCUGUUCACCUUCAGCAUUGUUGAAGUAGAAAAGUUACCCAGAUUUUGAUAGCCUUGAUGUCUGGUAGAUAUAGAAUCACAGAAGAGUAGAAGUUGGAAGACACCUCUGGAGAUCAUCCGGUAAAAGACCCCUGCUCAAAGCACUGUCAGCCGAACAGGCUGCCCAGGACUGACAUGGUUUUGAAUAUCUCCAAGGUUGGAGACUCCACAGUUACUCUGGGCAACCUGCUUCAUGUUUGAUCACAUGAAAAAAAAGUUGGGUUAUUUUUUCCUUGUGUUUUAAUGGAAUGUUUUCUUGUAUUUCAAUCUGUGCAUGUAGCCUCUUCACUGGGUACCACCAAGAAGGGUCUGGCUGUGUUAUCUCAGUCACCUGAGAAAAAUAAUCAUUAGUGUGAAUGAAUCCAGUCAUCCAGGAUGACCCCAUUUCUUUCUGUGUCAUUUUUAACUUGUAAUGCUCUUAAUAAAAAAAAAAAAAAAUACAGCAUUAUAGUGCCCUCAGGUGUGAAAGGGGUGAUGUCAUGCACUUGCUCUGAGUACUUUUGUAUUCCUUUUUUUUUGUUGUAUAAUAAAAAGUAUUGAAUUAAAA